GGAAGGUUGCUGCUCUCUUCCAGAUUCUUCCCUGCCUCCAUUCCAGUCCUGCCGCUUCUCCUCCAAUUCUUACUAAUUCGAUUGCGGCUUCGUAUAUCAUUGAUCGAUGCGAGGUUGUGAAGGUUUAGUGUUGGAGCGGAGGGCCUCUCAGUCAGCUGCGGCAGUUUACCUGCUAUUGUGCUUGUCCUAGAGUUAUCCCUCAGAUUGUUCGGGUUUAAGGUUUUAUAUUCAUCGCAUUGAGUUGUAGCAGCACAGGGGAAUAUCGUAGCUGCACCAAUGUAUUCAUUAUCGCGGCGUAUGCUUGCAAGGCGUGCGUGGAGAUCCGUUGCGGCAUUGGAUGUCUCUCGCGGCCUCUCGUCGGCGGCCGUUUCAGGUCGAUUAAAUGAUUCGAAUGGUCUCGAGAAGUGUUUUUCUCCUUCUUCAUACGACAGAGGAUGUGCUGAUGCUCAUAGGAAAGAUAAACUCAGACAUGCGCCCACAAACUCAAGUUUUUCCCUUUACUCUGUACGAAAAAUUUCGGGAGCAUGUGCAGAACGAAAGUUUGCAUUGGGCCCUGAUUAUAAUAAAUUGAGACACGCUAGUGCGCGGUGGGAAUCAUCCGCAGCAUCGGCGAACGCAUCAGUGGAGAAGUAUGAAUAUCAAGCUGAGGUGAGUAGGCUUAUGGAUCUCAUUGUGAACAGUCUCUACAGCAAUAAGGAGGUGUUUCUGCGAGAACUUGUAAGCAAUGCAAGCGAUGCCCUGGAUAAGCUGCGGUUUUUGAGUGUCACUGAUACAAGCAUAUUGGAGGCCAAUUCCAAUCUAGAAAUCCGUAUCAAAGCUGAUCCUGAUGCUGGCACACUGACUAUUAUGGACUCGGGAGUUGGAAUGACUCGUGAAGAAUUGAUUGAAACACUUGGAACCAUUGCACACAGUGGGACCGCCAAGUUUUUAAAAGCAUUAAAGGAAAAUCAGGAGGGUAACAAUGAGAACAACUUAAUUGGUCAGUUCGGUGUUGGUUUCUAUUCAGCUUUCCUCGUGGCAGAUAAGGUCACUGUGUCCACAAAGAGCGCAAAAUCCGAUAAGCAAUACGUCUGGGAAGGAGAAGCAGACACAAGUUCCUACACAAUUACGGAGGAGACAGACUCUGACAAACUUAUACCUCGAGGCACUUCUAUUACUCUGCAUCUGAAGGAUGCUCAUAGGUUUGAGUUUUCAGAUCCAGCCAAGAUUGAAGAACUGGUGAAAAAUUAUUCACAGUUCAUAUCAUUUCCUAUCUACACAUGGCAAGAGAAGACACGAAGUAAGAAGGUUGAUUUGGAAAGUGAUGGUGAAGAUGAGGUGACCGCACAUGAUAAGCCAUCAUCUGUGGAGAAGUACUGGGACUGGGAGUUGACCAAUGACACCAAGCCUAUUUGGAUGCGAAGUCCAAAAGAGGUGACCAAAGAAGAGUAUCAUGGAUUUUACAAGCGUACUUUCAAGGAAUACAUGGAUCCCCAAGCUUAUACACAUUUCAAUGCUGAGGGUGAAAUAGAAUUCACGAGUCUUCUAUUUAUACCACCCAUGGCGCCUUUAAACACAGAGGAGAUGUGGCAUUCUAGAAAAGGUGAUGUCAGGCUACAUGUCAAACGAGUGUUUAUCUCUGACCAGUUCAACGGAGAGCUGUUUCCACGUUAUUUGAGUUUUAUGAAAGGUAUUGUGGAUUCCAAUGAUCUGCCACUGAACGUUUCACGCGAGAUACUCCAACAGAGUCGUGUUGUCAAGAUGAUGAGACAUCGCCUGGUUCGCAAAACUUUUGAAAUGAUAGAAAAAAUUGCUAAAGAUGAAGAUACACAGGCUUAUCCGAAAUUUUGGGAUGUUUUUGGAAGAAAUUUGAAGUUGGGCUGUACUGAAGAUCCUACCAAUCACAAGCGUAUUGCUCCUCUGCUUCGAUUUUUCUCAAGCAAGAGUGAAGACACCCUUACGUCUUUGGAUGAUUACGUGGAGCGCAUGAAAGAAAACCAGAAACAAAUAUACUUUCUGGCUGCAGAAAGUAUCAGGAGUGCGAAGAAUGCACCUUUUGUUGAGGAACUCUUGAACAGAGACCUUGAGGUUUUAUACCUGGUGGAUCCAAUCGAUGAAGUGGCACUCUCCUCCUUGGGUCAAUAUAAGGAUAAGAAGUUCGUGGACAUCAGCAAAGAGGAUUUGGACCUAGGGGGUGAGGACAAGACUAAGGAUGAAGAGGUCGACAAGGAAUACCAAAACUUGUGUGAUUGGUUGUCGAAGUGUCUGGGUGAAAAAGUAGCGAAGGUUGAGAUCUCCAAGCGGAGGACCUCGUCGCCUUGUGUCCUUGUGUCUGCUAAGUUUGGCUGGUCAGCAAACAUGGAAAAGAUUAUGAAGGCACAAUCUUUUGGAGAUGAUUCAAAGGCCUUCAGUCAGCUGUUAAGGCGACGUACCCUUGAGAUUAACCCUCAUCAUUCAAUCAUCAAGGGUUUGAACUCCAUGUUCCAUGACGAGACAUCAAGCGCUGAAGCGAAGAAGUUGGCCGAUCUGCUAUUCGAAACUGCAAAUCUGUCCAGUGGUUUCACACCUGAUAACCCAGCAGAGUUUGGAAGAAGAAUCUAUGAAAUGAUGGGUCUGGCAUUGGGAGCGAAACAGAAGGCUGCAAGCACGGAGACCAGUAGUUUACUUGAAGACCCUGCUGUAUCAGAGGGUAAAUCAUCCCCCGUGUCGUCCUCCUAAUUGUAAUUUCUCUGUUGACCGUGCUCCCUUAUCAAUUUUGAACAAUCACAAUCAUUGUUGGAAAGAAUGACAUCGUCUCUUGAAGUCAUUCUUAACUCCUGGGCGCAGCUUUUGGGAAAUAUUGAAGAUGUAGCACUUCCAGGACCGACUGGAUGAAAUAUGUGCUCCAACAUUCAGUAAUCAGUGCUUUGCUGAAUUGCAGGGCUAACAAAGAGUCUUGUAACCAAUCAUGAGGGUUAGAGCUAGGCGUCUUUCUUGGUUCAGUUUCAGUAUAUUUUAGAACACAUCAGGAUGGUUUCAGGUUACUAUUCUGCCUGUUGCUACAGCUUGCAUGCUGACCUUCACAGCUUAGGUAGCCUUUUAGUAAUGAUAAGAACAGGAGGAGAGCAGCUCAGAUGAAUUUUAUGAUUCCGUUUUUUAGUACAAUUUUGUGGUGGAGAAUUUUUCUGCCUGAGCAUUCCCUUUUGCUUGAUUAGUACUGUGCGUCUCCUUUGCUAAUUAAUGGGUUCCUUACAGCAACAAAAAUUCAACAAGACGAGGGAUAUAUUUACUUUUGUUAAA